GCAGAAGUGGCAACAUGACAACAAAAUGAAGAGGCUAAUCGGUGCCAACUAUUUCAUAUUAUAAGCAAUUGAGGACUUACGUAGACGCCUUUGAGAUAUGAAUGUGUGAUCGAUAAAUGUGAGGAUUACAUUUUCGGAUAUAAGCUACUACUACCACAUUUUCUCUACAAAGGCUUUGCAUAGACGUUAUCCUAUCUAUUUGGACUAUUCUUUAAAAACUAUGGGAUCUGCAAAACAACAAGGUCAAAUAUCCAAAGUGCUGAACCUUCUACAAGAGUGGGACAAAGGUUCAAAGACUGUGCGCAGAUCUGUGCUCCAAGAUUUCAUAGCAUUGAAUCAGAAUAAAACUGGGCCAGAAUUAGAACAAGAAUUUGCACAAGCUGCCAGCCUGUUCCUGACAAGACUUACAGCAUGGCUUAGGUUAACGUAUAUGAUUGGUACCUGCCUUAACGAGCAGCUGAGGGCUUUACAAAUAUUCCUCUCUGCAUCCAGUGGACACAAGUUCCUUGCAGAGUUCUUGGAGGUUGGUGGUGUGUUGACAAUCCUAGAGAUCAUAGGACUGAAACAGGCCAAGGAGGAUGACAAGACAGAAGCAUUGAAACUUCUCCUCUGUGUAGCAAAUGCUGGAAGGAAAUACAAAGAACUUAUCUGUGAAAGCUAUGGAAUCAGAGCCAUUGCAGAAUGUCUUGCAAAGUCAAAGUCUGAGAUCACACAAGAGACUGCCAGAAACCUCCUACAGACACUUGCCCAAGGCAACCCCAAAUUUGAGGUUCAGGUCUACAAAGGUCUAAUAGCCCUUCUACCAUGCAGCUCACCCAAAGCACAACAGAUGGCAGCACAAACUCUGAGAGUCGUACAACCUAUAGUGAAAACAGCAAACCCUACUCUAAUAGAGCCCCUGCUCAGUUUACUGAGGACCUUGCAUCUAGAAGUACAAUUUGAAGCAAUUGAAUUAAUGAAAGAUCUGAUGAACUAUGACAUCCAGCAGAGUCUCCUCAGUGGCCUUGUAAAGCUAUUGAGACCAUCCAAGGAAGAUAUACUCAGUCAGAGAAAACCAGAAAUAUUAAAUAAUGCAGACAUGUCCAAGAUGAAUGCCCCACUCCCUGUGUUUAUACAACAAGCAGCUGCAGCAAAAACUAUUGGAAUUCUAGCAAGAGAGUCGGCAGAGUAUGCAGAGAAGUUGGUGCAGCUUCGUGUUGUACACAAUCUGAUGUUUGCCAUGGGCAACCAAGAUUACGCAGACAGUCAGCGCCAAGCCAGUGUCUCUCUUGAGUACCUUUGCCGAUCCUACCCCCUUGUAGAUGACCAUGUCAGAGAGGCGAUGGGAGAUCAGUUGUAUGAUAGGUUCAUCUCAAGUGCAGAUACCCUUUAUGUAAAUAUGAAUGCAGUCCAGGCUGAUGUUCUUGUCUCCAAUAAGGUCAACAUACCAGGAACCAAGGAAUCUAAUGACUGAGCGCCCUGCCACCUAUAUCUCAGAACAUGAACUUCACAAUACAAUAGUACAAAGUAACUGAAGAUCAGACAAAAAAUCAAAUAUAUUUAUUUAAAGGAUAUUUAAUAGAGAAUUUAUACCAACAUAUUUAUAUAUAAAUAUGUAGAAUAUAUUCCAAAUUACUCAUUUUUGUAUGGUUAUUAGCAUAUGAAAUCAGUGAUCAGUGUCGCAAAGAGUGGAUGGCUUAGAGAUAAUAAUGUUUAAUCUAUUUCAAAAUGGGUAAAUUGGAAUAUAUUCUAUACUGUAAGAUUAUUUAUAUUAAUUCAAGUUAAGGAACGGUGGAAAUGUAAAGCCUAUGUGCUGUAAACUAUUUAUCUCAAUUACUAAGUUUUGCAUACACUGCAUGGCCAUUCCCAGAAAGAAUUUUUUACCAUGUCCUUGAGCAGUAGCACUCUCAUCUCCCUCUCAGAGCUUAUAUCUUGGUUUUAACACAAUUGAUGGUCAUGAUGAUGGUGAUGACUUAAAAAUUCAAAUAUUAUCUACUGUUAAAGAUGACACUUUUUUUUCAUCAGAAUAAGAAAACGGCCAUCUGGUAUAUUCAAGAUCCAAGCAUUUCAAUUCUUUUAUCGAGCUGUGUCUUGACAUGCAUUGACAUCUGCCUGUUGCAUUGUAACUCCUGCAGUUGCAAUACAUCUAUAUGUAUCUAAUAGUAAUUGAGACGUUUUCCAAGUGCAGUCUUUCAUAUAAACUAUAAACUUCGCACAAGGAGGAUACCAUAUCCUAUAUUAAAUCCUUGUUAGUUGUUCUCUUAGUGCAUUUAUUAUUGUAAAUAGAUAAAAUGUUUUUUAUUUAGUGAAUCUAUAAUUGUAAAUAAAUAAAAUGUUUUUAUUAGUGAAAA